UGUACCGGUAUCAACGGCACGAUAAUUUGUUAAAAAGUCCACUCUGUACCUUCACUUGAGUUAGUCAAGUUGGUACCGUCGUUGAGUACGUCGAAACAUCGAAGAGUGCCUCAGGAUAAGCAACAUGCCGAAUUGCCCCAAGUGCGAGAAACCCGUUUAUUUUGCCGAGAGAAAAACAUCUCUGGGCAAAGACUGGCACGCGGCCUGUCUGCGCUGUGCCAAAUGCAACAAGACCCUUACACCUGGAAUGCACGCCGAACACGAUGAAAAACCCUACUGCAACCAACCCUGCUAUGCCGCACUUUUCGGACCCGGUGGCUAUGGACGUGGCGGCGCCGAGAGCUACGUCUACAAGAAGUAAUGUUUAGGAAGCUACUUCACGCAUACCAUUAACUAAGUAUUAAUCAAGUACAAACAUGUAAUUCAUUCCAAUCAUCCAGAUUAAUUGUUUUGGAAAUAAAUAAUUAUUUAAUAGUGUA